GUUCUGUCAUCACAACACGCCACAUUCACACAGUUGAACCUAUUUCCUGUACAUCUCUCUGACACACACACACCUUUUCUCUACACACUCUCUCACACAUACAUUCUCUCUCUCUACACACACUUUCUCCAUCUUACACUCUCUACGUACACACUUCUGUCUGCUAAAUAACAGUGUCAGGAAUAUCAUCUAUCAUGGUGGGCUACUGUCCCAUCUGUGGGAAACCCGUCUACUUUGGUGAGAAGAAGAGGUCAUUGGGGCGGGACUACCACCCUCUGUGUCUGAAGUGUCAACAGUGUCAGAGACAGUUGACCCCAGGACAACAUGCUGAGCAUGAUGAGAAACCCUACUGCACUAACUGUUACAUGAAGAUGUUUGGUACCAGAGCAGGUAACAGGAGACUGAUGUCAAACUGUCACAGCUCAGCCUCCUCUUCCUCUUCCUCCUCCUAGGAACCAGUCUAACCAAAAACCACCAAAAUACAACCUAAUGAGAACUAACAGCCUAUCAACAAGGAUCUAUGUUCAACAAACCUGACAUUCAGCCAUCAAGCCAACGACCAACCAUCUAGACCCAACAUUCAGCCAACCAACAUUUGACCAACGAAGAAAUACUCUGAAAGUCCCCCUCUUUCAGUCAAUCAUAAAACAACUACCUUGACCACAACAUUGUGUUCAAUGGAGACAACGGUUGUUCUUCAAUAAAACAGAAGCUUCUACA